GCAAACGCAAAUGUCAUAUUGUACACGGCCCAAGUACUUUACAAGGAAAGGUGGAGUUGAAGGAGAAGGGAGAGCAUCUUGGUGUUUUUUUUACGGGGGAUCUAACGACGGCAAAACCAUUUUUGUGUAAAAUGGGAGACGAAUCUGAAAAGAGGUUUCAAGCAGUAAUGGAUAAGCUGUUUCAAGCUACCCCCAAUCCCAAACCUAAUACUGGCGACACCAGUAACUAUGGAGUUCAAUCAAUGAGAGGCAAGAAACGCAUGAAUUCAUCAUCUCCAUUCACGUUAACCGAAAUGAAAUUGAAAGGCAAUGUGGGUGAGGAAUUGCAAAACUCAGCUUCUGGUUCAGCUGAAACAGCUCAAGCUCCACGGUGCAGGCCAUGGGAUCGGGGUGAUUUGUUAAGGAGGUUGGCUACUUUCAAGUCCAUGACGUGGUUCGCCAGGCCACAGGUGGUGAGUCCUGUGAAUUGUGCUCGGAGGGGUUGGAUUAAUGUUGAUAUUGACACCAUUGCCUGUGAAUCAUGUGGGGCACGUCUCCUUUUUUCCACUCCUUCAGCUUGGGCUCAGCAACAAGUUGAAAAAGCAGCUAUGGUAUUUAGCUUGAAGCUGGAAACUGGGCAUAAACUACUUUGCCCAUGGCUUAACAAUUCAUGCAGCGAAGAACUUGCACAGUUUCCACCUACACCAAGGGCUGUUUUGAUUGAGGAUUACAAGAAACGCUGUUCUUCUUUAUUUCAGCUUUCAGCUCUUCCAGUGAUUUCGCCUGUAGCAGUUGAUAAUAUGAGAAGCCCUCAACUGGAGAUAUUCUUAAGAGAAUUUUCGUCUGAUGAGUGUAAUGUAUCUGCUGAGACUUCUGGGACAGAACACCUCGGAAACAAACCUGACUCAGUUUCUUGCAUCUUAUAUUAUCAGGCACAGAAGCUUAUAAGUUUAUGUGGCUGGGAACCUCAUGUAUUACCUUAUAUAGUUGACUGCAAGGGCGGACAAAAUCAAUCCAUCAAAGAUGCCAAUUUUGCUGCUUUUAACAGACAAAAUCAAAGAAUUAGUGUUUAUUCUUUGUGUCCUGAUGGUAAUGUGAAGGCAAAUGAGGACAGCGAGGCUUCUGGUAACUUGCAGCUUGAUCCUAAUUCUGUUGUUCUGGAUUGCAAGCUGUGCGGAGCUAGUGUUGGAUUGUGGGCUUUCUCUACAGCCCCACGCCCUGUAGAAUAUUUAAAAUUAGUAGGAUUUACCGAAGUUAUUGGGAGAAAUCACUCUGCCCAUGAGGAGAGCAGUGAACCUGGAAGUUCUUUGGGCAGUGAGAUUAAUGCUGAAAGUAGUGAGGGUGUAGUAAAUGCUGUUACAACUGUCUCCACAUCACUAAAUCAAAGAUCGUCAAACUUUAGUUUCACAAUUGCUGGUGGCCCUCCACCAACGAAGCAGAAUUAUAGAGCAAUGAUAUCUUUGCCUGUCAUUGGACAGAGUUUGAGGGCAAGAAUUUCAGCUGAGUCUGUGCAUGAAGAUCGUGUAAUUGAUAAGAGUUUGUUGCAACCAGGAGCAAACCAAGAUAUGUCGCCAGUGGACAAAAAUAUCGACAAGGAAACUUCUUUAACAAGUAAAUCAGAUUUGAUCACAGAAAACUCAGUAGUAGUACCUCAAACAGUUGCAGAAGUUGCUGUUGUAGAUGAAAACUUGCCCAAUAAUGGAACCGUCAGUGAUUCUGCAGUUGGUGAUGAUAGGCCUCAUGUAGGAGAAUUUUCUUGCUCUACCCCAGAGGAUAAUGUUGCAAGUAGAAAUGGUGAAGCUGGUGAGACUAAUUUAGAAAUUCUGGCUGAAGACAGGGGACUAGUGCCAAUCGUGCUGCCUGUAAAACAUAAAAGUGCAUCCUGUGGCAUAAGUGAAUAUCAAGAACUGCCAUCAUUUGACAAAGCAAUGGAGUUCAAUCCAAUCAAGCAGCACAGGCAUUUUUGCCCCUGGAUUAUGUCAAGUGAAAAUUCUGUUCCUGGAUGGCUGCAAACACUCUCUGCUUUACAAGGUCACUCCUUGUGCAACAGUGCAACUUUGUCUUCCUUGAUUCAGGUAAAAUGAAAAUUUUACAUCUUGGUUUCUUAGACUAGUACCAUUUUUGGAGAAAAUGGAGAAAUAUAGAGGAGCUCAUGUUUAAAAUUACUUAAGAAAUGAAUGCAAGAAUUAAAGGUUCCAUCCAAGCUGCAGUCUCUAGAGCAAACCUUAAUCCUUUACACUGCUCUGGGAUAGACUGUUAAGUUCAAACGGUUAAUUAGUUAUAUUAUAAUAUAAACCUAGAAAAACAAUUACCGGAAAUUUUCGUCACUAUAAAAUUGUAGUAUGGAAAAUAUCUGCUACUUAAAUUUUGUAAUUUUUUAUGAUAAUCUCUUUCAAUUAUUAUCAAAUGCAAUAGGGUGCUAGUUGACUUCCACGUUAAAGGUUAAUUGCUAUCUAGUUCCUACAUCUAUAUUAAGUGGCCCAACUUUUAUGAAGUAAUACCAACUUUACACGGAUUCAAGAGAUUGCUAAUAAGUUCAUGUUCUGAGGUGCAUUGUCUA